AUGGGGAGGUCCGGGCACCCCCACCCCCUCCCGGGAGCGGGACGGACCCCGGCCCGGCCCCCGGGCGGGGCUGCACCCCCUGACCCUGCGAGCCGGCUCAGCGUCCCCUCCGUCCGGGACCCGGUACCUUGCGCCGCGCGCGGAUGGCGUGCGGGAAACUUUGGGGCCGGACGGGCCAGCACCGGAGGGGCGUGCGGAGGGCACUCGCGGGCCCGCGGACACCCGGCCGCCGCCAGCCCGCACGCCGCCCAGGGGGGCCUCCCCGCGGUACCUGCGGCUCGGGCCGCGCAUCUGCGGGCGCCCCAGGGGCCCGGGCUCUCCCGCACGAACCGCUAUGAGUGGGCGUCGCGGUCCGCCCCGCGGCCGCCCCGGGCCCGCGCGCCCCCGGCCCGCGAACUUGACGGGGCCCGCCCCCCGCUCCGUCUGCCCGCAGGAGCGCCGGCCCGCUCGCGGUGA